AUGUACAAAAUUGCUGACGAAAUGACGAAGGAAGAACGCACACGAUAUAAAGAUGAGGGUCUUUGCGGCAAGAUGUCCCAGCUGAAGGAUGAGUGCGAUUGGUUGGCCAAUGUCCCUGCUUUGGAAAAGCUACUGGCUAUCUUUGAGUUCGUAGGGCAAGACCAAGAUUUUGGACGUAUUAUCUCUGUGGUGGAAGCCACAAGUCCUCGAGCUAGGAAGAGAAGAAGGCAGGCAUAUUACCAGUCUUCCACUGGUGGACGAAGCAUAUUUCAGCUACCUCUUCGAGGAUCCGGCUCGUAG